AUGAGGCCUUUGGUCAUUCGCAGGGCAGUGAUGUCAAGGUCCCAGCUUGAUUGCGAAUGUGUGACAUACCCCACAAAGCGACCCGACUCCUUCCAGACUGGAUUUUCCAUUACCCCCUAUGCGAAUUGCUAUUCGGAGCUUGCCUGUCUGCUCAGGGGUGCGCAAGUUGACAUGAGCUUCGGUGGGUCAAAGCGUCUUGUGGAUGGUCAGGUGGUCCAGACUGAUCAAGGAUCCACACUCAAAGUGUUGCCCUUGGAUGUUGCAUACGUGCAUGGAACUGUGAGGCGCACGGUCCAUCAUGGUCGCACUAUGCUUUCAGGUCAUUACACUAACAUCCUUUGGGAUCACAGCCAGGCAUGGGGCACGGAUGAUCAUGAAGCGGCCAGAGCACUGGAUCAGUUUCGGGGUGAGCCGUGCCUGCUCUGGUUUGCUAAGGGUGACAUUCUGGGAGCCGAAAUCUGA